AUGAGCGCGUGCAGCAGGAAGGCCCUGACGUUGCUGAGCAGUGUCUUUGCAAUCAGUGGCCUGGGGCUCCUGGGAGUGGCAGUCAGCACCGACUACUGGCUGUACCUGGAGGAAGGCGUCAUUAUGCCUCUAAACCAGAGCACUGACAUCAAGGCCUCACUGCACUCGGGCCUCUGGAGAGUCUGCUUCCUGGCCGGUGAUGAGUCUGGUCGGUGCUUUACCAUCGAGUACAUCAUGCCCAUGAACGUCCAGUUGACGUCAGAGUCCACAGUCAACGUGCUCAAAAUGAUCCGCUCAGCCACUCCAUUCCCUCUGGUCAGCCUUUUCUUCAUGUUCAUCGGUUUUGUCCUCAGCAACAUCGGGCAUGUUCGGCCACACCGCACCAUCCUGGCCUUUGUCUCUGGAAUCUUCUUUAUCCUCUCAGGUCUAGCUCUGGUGGUGGGCCUGGUGCUCUAUAUUUCCAGUAUAAAUGAUGAAAUGCUGAACAGGACUAAAAGCAGCGAGGCCUAUUUUACCUACAAAUACGGCUGGUCCUUCGCCUUCGCUGCCAUCUCCUUCCUGCUCACUGAGAGUGCAGGCGUCAUGUCUGUCUACUUGUUCAUGAAGCGCUACACAGCAGAGGAGAUCUACCAGCCUCGCCACCCCAGUUUCUACCGCCCUCGUCUCAGCAACUGCUCCGACCACUCAGGCCAGUUCCUCCACCCAGAGGCUUGGUCACGCGGACGAAGUCCCUCAGACAUCUCCAGUGAAGCUUCACUGCAAAUGAGUGCCAGCUACCCUGCUCUCCUCAAAUGCCCCGACUAUGAUCAGGUGUCGUCUUCACCCUGUUGA